AUGGAUGAAGUCGGUAAGUAUGAUACUAUCCUCCUCAGCUUGGCUCAACAAAUGGAAGGUGGCGUGCCGCAACUUUUGGAUGUAUUAUUCGGUUUCCUCUCGCGGAAGACGGAUUUUUACACUGGUGCUGAUAUCACAAAAGCUAAAGAAAUGGUCUUGAAGGCAUUUGAUAAACAUAGUGAAUCGGCGAAACUGGUUGCCGAAGAAGCCAAAAAGCGACGUGCUGAGGAGCAAAAGCGUUUGAAUGAACGGCGAGCAGCACAGAAAGCAAAGGAGGAAGCCGAGAUGAAUGAGCCACGGAUUCGUGAAAUUACUGAUGAAGAAGCUGCGGAACUUGAGAAGAUGAAGAAUGGUAGCGUGAAAACUUCAACCCCGGAAGAGAAUGGUAAAAAUAAAGAUGGUGAAGAAGAGGAGGAAGAUCCGGAAGAUAAAGGAAAGUUGAAACCAAACGCUGGUAAUGGUUGUGAUUUGGAGAAAUAUCAGUGGAUCCAAACAUUAAGUGAAGUUGAGGUUCGUAUUCCGCUAAAAGUUGGUUUUCUGUUGAAAGCAAAGGAUGUUGUUGUAGAAUUCGGUAAAGAAAAGCUAAAAGUUGGUCUGAAAGGCCAUGAACCGAUAAUCAAUGGCUCUCUACGUGCUGCUAUAAAGGUUGAAAGCGCAACAUGGGUUCUAGAAGACCGGAAGACUAUUGUGCUUACUUUAGAAAAGGUGAAUGGUAUGGAAUGGUGGAAUCGAUUGAUGACAACGGAUCCGGAAAUAAAUACCAAAAAGGUGCAACCUGAAAAUUCGAAGCUUUCUGAUUUGGAUGGUGAAACAAGACAAAUGGUUGAAAAGAUGAUGUAUGACCAAAGACAGAAAGAGUUGGGAUUACCAACAUCGGAAGAGAAGAAAAAGCGAGAUUUGUUGAAAACGUUUAUGGAACAACAUCCAGAGAUGGACUUUUCGCAAGCGAAGUUUUCGUAA